AAGACAUUUUAUUUAAAUUAAUUGUUACAAUAUUAUAUAUUGUUUUAAAAACUCUGUACCUUAUUCGGCAAAUUUUUUUCUGGGAGAAAACCAGAAAGGGCCUUUAAGUCGGUUCAAAGAUGGCAAGUUUGGAAUCAUCAGAUUUUGAUGAACAUAAAGUUGAGAACCUAGUUUUCGGAGGAGGUGGAGCAAAGGGCGUUGCCUAUAUAGGAGUUAUUGAGGUUCUGGAGCAGGUUCACAUUUUGCCAAAAGUUAAAAGGUUUGCUGGAACGAGUUUUGGAUCCAUUGUUGCUUCACUACUCGCCUUGAAAUGUCCAGUAUCAAAUAUCAAAAAAUACAUGAGAAUCAAUUUCGACUAUUUACUAAAAGAUUGCUGUUGUGGACUAUGUAGCUGCAAUCAAGGUUGUUGUUGCUCCUGUCCUUGUUGCUGCACAUGCUGGCUUGGUUGUAUGAAUCGCAUCAGCUCCUGUUUUCUGACAACCUGUGGUAUCUGCAAUCUUCUCUGCAGAGUUUGCUCUUGCAGGAGUUUGUCAUUUGGAAUGUACACUGGGACAAAAUUCAAAACUUGGCUCGGAAACAGAUUUAAGGAACUUGGUUUUUCAAGCAAAGUCACCUUUAAGGAGUUGUACGAAGAGAAUGGUAAUGAACUGUGCAUAGUUGUGACCAACAUCAGCACACAGAUAGAGGAAUACUGUCACAUGAAGACAACACCAGAUAUGGAGAUCAGACAAGCUGUCAGAAUGUCUAUGUCCAUUCCAGUGGUUUUUGAAGACGUGCGAGUGAUAAACGCCAGUUCUGGUAGAGAAGCGGUAUAUGUUGAUGGUGGAUUGUUGUGUAAUUAUCCAGUAUUCUGCUUUGAUGGGUGGUGGCUUUCAAUGAAACCAGAACACUCUUUCUUCAGGAUGUUAACAGAUGUAGAAUCGAUGCCAGAAAUAUACGAUGGAAGAUUUAAACCAGAAAAACACGAGGAUUUGAUUAAAACACUUGGAUUCGUAUUGUUUGGUGACAAGGAAAGUGAACUAUAUCGAAGACAAUUCAUUGGAAAAUCAGGUAUAAACAAAAUUCAAACUACCAUAACAGAGCAGCCAAGUGGCGUGGGCAACCAAGAAAAAAAUACUGUUGAUGGAAUUUUUAAAGAGAUCGAUACCAAGUUGAAAAGAAAAUUUGUGUCCUUGAACAAAGCCGAAAAAGACACAAGUGAGAACCAGUUGAUGGAGUUUUUGAAGGUAAAUCUUUAUAAUGGAUGUCAACGAAUAUUCGAGAAGUCGACUAUUGUUAACACCUAG